AUGAUGUCCGAACGGUUUCACAAAGCUGCACGCGAUGGCGCCUUAGACAUCUUAAAAGAAACAACAAAAAAGGAUUGUAACGCACGGGAUGACGGAGGAAUGACCCCUACAUUAUGGGCAGCCUUUGAAGGUCAUAUAGAUGCUCUGAGACUGCUCGUCGCCAGAGGGGGUGAUCCCGACAAAACCGAUUAUUUUGGUAAUACGGCCCUUCAUCUGGCGGCAGCAAGGGGUCAUGAAUUUUGUGUCAAGUUUCUCGUGAAAUUCGGUUGCAAUAUUUGGUCCUUAGACAUCGAUAGACAUUCAGCUAGAGAUUUAGCUGCUAUAAAUGGAAGAGAAAUGACUCUUCAGUUUUUAGAUCUUGCUCAAGCCGAUCAAGAAUUAAAUAAUCGCAAAAAAAGUCGUCUACUUCGAGAAAAAGCAGAAAAAGAUGCUGAAAAAAGAUUAAAAGAAUAUAUGAAAAAACAAAAAAUGGCAGAAAUUCGAGCUGAAAAGGAACAAAAAAAAUUAUCAAAAGAUCGAACAAAAUUGGAUUUAACUACGGUUAACGAAUUCGGUAUUCUACCUCACAAACAUACUGUGUUGACCUUCAAAGGUCGAGUAAAACCUUCACCAACGUUUAGCGAUAUCGUCGGCACUACCACAAAGAAACAUGGUAGUGCAGUAUGUAAAAAAGCUUUAGCGAAAAAAGCCGUUGAUGAUUUUAAAGUAAUAGAGAUUGAAGUAAAUGGAAAAAAAUCGAUACGUAGCCUCACUGGACUUAGAAGAGAUUCUGAAAUAAUGUAUGUAGGGACUUAUGAAACUCAAACUCAACAAAUAGGAAAGAGAGGAAAAAUUUCAGAUGUUUGGGGUACAUUAAGCAAAGCACAAAGUACUCCUGAUCUCUUAGGUGAUCGAUCCUUCGAUGAUGAUAUAGAACAAGAUAGAGAAAAUGUAAAUGAUAUAAAAGAUAAUGUCUUGUUACAAGAACCAGCGAGUAUUUUCAAUCGACCUGGUUUUGGAUCAGUAGCAUUUCGAAGAGCGAUAACUACUACUUUCGAUAACCUGCCAUUCUCGCAAAUGGAUGCACAUGAACAAAACGGUAACUCUUGCGUGAAUGGUUCCGUAAAUGGAUCUAUAAAUGGUCAUAGAAUCAAUGGGCACAACGAAGAAAUCAGUAUAGGAAGUGCAGGUAGUUUAGCUCGUCGGCAAAGUAUGUGGGAUGAUGAUUUACUUUCAGAGGAAGAAACUGAUGAAGAAUGGACACCAUUGCAAAGAUUUUUAGUUGCCAACAAUUUAUCAUCUAUUCAUCCGGUUUUAGAAUCAGAACAAAUUGAUUUAGAAGCCUUGAUGUUACUAACUGAAACUGACAUCGCCAUGCUUAAACUUCCACUUGGACCUAAAAGAAAAUUAAUGAAUGCUAUAGCUAACAGAAAAAGAGCAUUAGAUGCACCAGAAAAUAUUAUUAAAGAUAGCAGAUUAUAAAAUUCAAAAUAACGAUAGAAGAACAUUAAUCUUAUUU